AUGCUGACAGAGUUGUGUCUCGAGCAGGGAGAUAUUCCCGUCCCAUGUAACAGCACCGGUCGAGCCAAACGAAACGCUCUCCGUGAUCGCGGUAUGAGAUGGGUCAACGGUGUGGUUCCAUACGUCAUCGACAACCGAUACGAUUACGGUACUCGCGCUCGCAUCACGAGGGCUAUGGAACGUUACCAUGAAACCACUUGCAUCCGAUUCGUAGAGAGAACAAGAGAAACAGACUACAUCUAUAUCUUCCCCGGUAACGGGUGUUAUUCUCUGGUCGGCCGUGUCGGAGGUCAGCAGCAGGUUUCUCUGGGAAAUGGCUGCACUACGAACUUGGGUACGAUCAUUCACGAACUCAUGCACGCCGUCGGAUUCCACCACGAACAGACGCGAACAGACCGCGAUACAUACGUCUACAUCUACUUUAACAAUAUCAUUCAAGGUAAAAAGAGGGAUCUCUGUCUUGAAUACAACUUCGACAACCGACCAUCGUCGCUCGCGACCAGAGAUUCCAGCUCGACUACCGUUCCGAUUUCAGUGACAACGACAUCAACAAACUCAACAUUUUACUAUGAAUGUGACGGCAACACUGUCGAUCCCACGUUACCGGAGGAAGUUGAUUGUGUUGAUAGUAAUCAAAACUGUCCUGGUUGGGCUGAUGCUGGAUACUGUGCUACUAACUCCUGGAUGAUUGCCAAUUGUAAGCUCAGCUGCGCAGUCUGUGUCAUUACUCCUACUCCUACUCCAGGAACCGGAGGCAAUGAUGACUGCAAGGACAUGAACGAUAACUGUGCUGGUUGGGCUAAUGCGGGCGAGUGUCAAGCCAACCCAUCCUGGAUGUUGCCCAACUGUCCCGUCAGUUGCGAUCAGUGUGAAACCGUCAAUCCCGGUGAAAACUGCAUAGACAUGAAUGAGAAUUGUGCAAUUUGGGCCAAGUAUCGACAGUGCACCGAAAACCCUGGCUACAUGCUUGAAUUCUGCCCCCGUUCCUGUGGGCAAUGCGUUGGUAGCGGUAUCAUGCAAACUUGUGAGGAUUUCAAUGACCAAUGUGCAGACUGGGCAAGUACGGAGCAGUGUCAGCUGAAUCCCGGCUACAUGAACUACGAGUGUAGGAAGAGCUGUUCCCUUUGUGCUGCCAGCUCGCCUUUGGAACUGCUACCUCAAACUCAAUGCCAAGACACGAGCGGUUACUGUCCUGUGUAUGCUGAGGAUGGGAUGUGCGUGUCGAAGCCCGAGUACAUGGGCCUCGUUUGCCCCGACACCUGUCAAAUGUGCCCCGGCAAGAUCUACGCCGAAAGUGGGUCUAGUGGGUCUAGUGAGCUCCGAUCCUUCUACGGCUUCCUUGGCGCCCUUUUCAUCUCAUUUCUAGCGCGCAGAUUAGCUCUGUAAACAAAAGCCUCUUCCAAAACCAAAACAUUAUGUACAGAAAUUAAAAUAAUGGCAUCGACGUUAGUCUCGUUUUUUAAAUCUGUGUUAAACUCUGUUUACAAGCUGUCAAUUUUUUUGUAAAAAACAAAUCAGUUUGUUUUAUUGAAGUGAUAAUUUUCUGUCAUAAUCAUUGUAUCAUAUUUUUAUUUAUCUAUUUAUUUAAAUUGUGUUCUUACAAUAUUUGUAUCUGUAUUUUUUCUUGUAAUUAAGAGAACUUUUUCUUAUAUAUAUUAGGUAAACGAAUUUCUUGGCAAAUAAGCUAUUACAGUGUGAUUUAUUAAUGAUUGGCGUGUUGACCUACGAUUUGCACAUAAUUAGGGUUUUGAAGAUUUACAAUUACAGUACAGAUUAUAUAUUUAUAAAAGUACUUUAACUAUAAACACAAAAAGAUAAAGAGGCUGAAAUUAUGAACUGUAAUAUGACUAUGAUGUACUUGUACAAUGUAUAAUCAUGUACAAAUACGUUGUGAGAAACAAAAUCAGUGCUUGUGUGUGACUUUUUAUUUAAUUGAAAAUAUGAACACCUAGAAGUUGCAACUGUUGAUAUUUCUAUAUUAGUGAACACGAAUAUAUUAAGAAACUGAUAUUGUGCUGGGCACAAACAUGAUGUAAUUUAUAUUUGUUAUUCGUUAUUAUAUUUUGGAAUAAAAAAUAUAUUGCCUAAUGAAAU